AUGAAAAAAUUCGGUGAUAAGGAGGUUUUUCGUUCAAGGUUCUUCUCUUGUCCAAAGAAUCACUCUUACUUUCAAGCAAAUGUACCAAGGAUAGAGACGCUGCCAGUUGAAGAGAUUUUAAAAAAUCGUGUCUUGGAUAGUUGUGAAUCGGACAACGAAAAUUCCUUCUUUGUAGCUGAUCUGGGUCAGAUCUAUAGUCAACACUUACGUUGGAAGGCUCAUUUACCCCGAGUCGAGCCGUUCUAUGCGGUAAAAUGCAAUCCGGAUCCAAUGCUCCUUAGAUUGCUGUCAGCCCUAGGAACAGGAUUUGAUUGUGCCAGUAAAGCUGAAAUUCAAACUAUUCUUGACUUAGGAGUUGAUCCUUCUAGAAUUAUAUACGCGAAUCCUUGUAAGCAAGCAUCUUUCGUGCGUUUUGCCGCAGAGCGAAACGUCCAAAUGAUGACGUUUGAUAAUGUCGACGAACUUUACAAGAUUCAGCGCUAUUUCCCUGAUGCUCAACUAGUGCUUCGUAUCCUUGCCGAUGAUUCCAAAUCUCUUUGUAAAUUGGGUCUCAAGUUUGGUGCUCCAUUAGAGUCUACAGGAUUACUAUUGCAGACUGCUAAGGAAUUGAAAUUAAAUGUAAUUGGCGUCAGCUUUCACGUUGGUAGUGGCUGCUAUGACGAAACUGCAUUUGUGGACGCCGUUUAUCGCGCAAAGUCCGUUUUCGAUCAAGCUUCGAAAAUUUUUGGAUUUGAUUUUCAUUUGCUCGACGUUGGAGGAGGAUUUUCACAUGCUCUCAAUGGUGAUGGUAUCACGUUUGAAAGGAUUGCGGCUUUACUUGGUCCAGUAAUUGACAAAUUGUUUCCGCCCGACGUUCGAGUGAUCGCCGAGCCUGGACGUUAUUAUGCUGCACCAGCCUUCACCAUAGCUACUCAUAUAAUCGCUAGAAGAACUGUGCACAGAGUUGGUGAAGAUGAACAAACUUCGGACAUGGAUGCUGUUCUUAAUGAUGUAUCUUCAACUGAAGACGAUCAGCCUUCAUAUAUGUAUUACAUCAACGAUGGAAUGUACGGUUCUUUCAAUUGCAUUCUAUUCGAUCAUCAAAUUGUUCAUCCCAAAGUUUUGUAUAAAGGAGGCGUGUUCUCUUUUGAUGAAUCUUUAGAAGGAUCCAAUUACAAUUGCAGUAUAUGGGGCCCGACGUGUGAUUCAAUUGACUGCAUUACUAAGAAUGGAUGUCUUCCCGAAUUGUUUCCCGGUGACUGGCUGUAUUUCGAGGAGAUGGGUGCAUAUACUAUUUGCGCUGCCUCUCAGUUUAACGGAUUCAAGAAGAGUGAAGUCCUUUACACUACCACUGAUCAUCACGUGCUAUCCAUUCUUCACGAAAGUUUUUACCCAAAUCAUGGCUAA